AUGGUGGAGAAGAUAAACCAAAAACCGUUCAUAAUCGUACGUUGUGCUCCUCUGUUUUCAAAGCUUCAACCAUCAUCCUUGUUCUCCUCUGUUUUCACAGCUUCAUUCAUCAAGUCUCUCUCAGUUUCCGGAGUCAUGUCAGAGAAUGAAACUUAUGCAGAGACUGUUAGCCGUGACUUUGUGAAGCUAUAUUAUCGCACUCUUAACGAAUCACCUCAGUUUCUUCAUACGUUGUACAAUGAUUACUGUCUGUUUAACCGUCUUUAUCCUGAAACCCAUGUCAAGAAAACUGUUUGGAGCAAGGAAGAUGUGAAAGAUGAGUUUCUGGCUGUGAGACUGGAAGAUUUCACGGCUGAAAUUGAAACUUCAAUUGGUGUACCAUAUUUUAUGGAAUGUCGUCUUGUAAUUGCGUUCGUCAAUGGAUGGAUGAAAGGUAAGAAAGAUAACGUGAGUAAGAAGUUUACGCAAACGUUUCUUCUGGCUCAACAAGACAACCGCUUCUGCGUCGUCAACGAUAUUUUGAAGUAUAAAGAGCAGAUACAGGCCUGCCCUGUAACUGAGGAUGAGUCUGAGCCGGUUGGUUCGACUCAGCUACUUCCUCACGAACUAGCAUCAACGGAGAACUCAGUUUCACGAAGUAAAGGGGAAGAUGAUGAUGAAUGGUUUAUGGUUUUAGGGUUGUAG